GAAGCAAUAUGUGGAAAAUCUUUGUUGCAGUGCACACAACGGACAUCUUUCUGGGAACCAGGAUUUAUGUCUCCGGGAAUGUGGGUGAAUUCAUCCAGAUAGGCUACACCGCCCACACGCGUGUGGAAGAGACUGACCGUAUAAAAUCGGUUCCUCCUCACAGCAAAAGUUACUGAAACACUUUCAAAUCAGUUCUACCGGCCAUCGGGCGUCACGGUCCAGUUGUUUAUUAUGAUAUGGUGAGAGUUUCUAGCAGGGCAGCAGCCAUGCGUGUGGAGCUGAGUUUGGUGUUUUUGGUCCUAAUGUGCGUUUUUAAAGAGACGACCUCAUGUUUAAUAAUCAGCGAGGUUAACUGUGACAAUCCCAAACUGGACACUCAGGAGUUUGUGGAGCUGUACUACGAUGGCACGAAUCCCACUUCUCUGGAUGGAUACACACUUGUGUUCUACAACGGCAAUGGAGACCUCGCCUACAGGGUCAUCAAUCUGAGCGGACACCAGACAGAUCACCGAGGAUUCUUCUUAGUUGGCUCUUCUGAACUGACUCCCCGCCCCGCCAUCUCUCUUCCACCCAACUCCGUUCAGAACGGGCCCGACGCCAUCGCGCUCUACGGUCCCAACUGGGUCCCAGUUCCUGAAGGGGGACGAGUUUCAGGAGUGGGGUUGUUGGACGCAGUAGUAUACACUUCUCGUAAAUCCGCAGUAGGCGCCGAUGGCCUCGCAUCAGUUCUGACUCCCGGCUCGGUUCCGUACAUAGAGGAUGAGGCGGCUCUGGAGGGGGACGAGUCCAUUCAGCGCUGCUGGCAGUCAGACAACCUCUGGACGUUUUACACUGGCCCACCCACCCCUGCGUGGGUCAAUCAUUGCCCACCACCGACCCCCACAAAUUUAUGGAUUAACGAAGUCGACCUCAGUGGGCCGGACCGCCGAGGCCUUGUGGAACUUGAUGUUGGCACGACAACCGGAUCGUUUUCUUUGGUGCUUUAUGAUGUUACCACAGAUCUGAUUAGCUCGAGUGUGGAGUUCAUCGCAAAAGAGGCUGGAAUUUUCACCGUAUCUGUGAAUACUGCGACUUUGGCAGUGCCACAAAGUGCAGCAUUGGCGUUAUAUAAAGGCCCAGUGUCAGACUUCCCUAAGGACGGCCCCCUCAGCCACGAACAGCCAAUCGAUGCCUUUGUUUAUGGUGACUCUGCACACAUGCCCAGUGAGAACCUCACAGAGACACUCAUACCCGGGAGAAAACCCUUCAAACUCACAGAAAGUUUUCAGACAGCAGGUGUUCGUGCCAGUCGAUGUGGUGUUACCGAAUGGACAAGAGAUCCGGGACUGUUUGUAACGAGGCCCCGGAGUCCCGGAAAACCCAAUGACUGCAUUUGGUUUCAGUCCUGCCCACUUAACAUCACCUCUUCUACGGCGGCAGGACGGAGCUAUCCCGCGAUUCAUAGCGAUAUGGAUUUCCUGCUUAAUGAGAUCAAUACUGACUGUAUAGGAGGAGCUGAGGAUGAGGAGUUUAUAGAGUUUUGGCAUCCCUCUGGCUUCCGUAUGUCGCUGGAUUUCAUCUGGCUGGUGAUGAUCAAUGGACAGACUGGAACGGUGUACUAUGAGCUGGAGCUGAAUGGAUAUUUCACAGAUGAUGACGGAUACUUCCUGAUUGGCAGUGCUAAGGUCAGCCCUGACAUUAGAAUCCCACCGAACACUAUUCAGAAUGGACCAGACGCCAUAGUGUUAUAUCGUAGCAAGUCUCCACCCUCUCAGGAGGGUCAGAAUAUUCCCAGAAGCGGUUUGCUGGAUGCAGUAGUUUACCGCACUCGCGGAUCUGAUAAAAAGGUUUCAGAGCUAACGGAAGCGCUGACACCAAGACAGCUCCCUCUGCUGGAGGACAUCAACGCGCUACCCGGCGAUGAGACCCUCACUCGAUGUGGAACCGAGAGACUCAACCUCAAUGCUUUCAGGGUUGCUUCUCCCACACCAAGGAAGCAAAAUAACUGUCCCCCAAAACCCACUUCACCUCCUCCUCCUGAGGGUUUCGUCAUCAAUGAAUUUAGCUUUACAAACUGCACAGGAGUCGAAUCACAGAACUGUAUAUUUGUGGAGCUGAUUGGCCCGCCGUCGACUUCAGUGAAUGGAUUUGUUUUGGUAUUUUUUGAGGAAAGCGCUAAAGCAGUGAGUGUCCCGCUCACUGGCAGCACAAGAGAAAACGGGCUCUAUCUUCUCGAGAACAUCACUAGUGCAGAUCACGGUUUGCCAGCGCUGGAUCAAUUGGGUGCAGUGCUGUUGUGUUUUGAGCCGUCAGGAUCAGGUGUUUAUGGGAACAACUCGCGCAGAUUGGACUGGCUAGUUUUAUCCGAUGACCCAGAGUUUGUAAGAGCUCUCCAGCACAACACAACACGCUUCUUCAUGGACCUACUGUUCGGCUCUUUCUCUCGAUGCGCAUCAGACGGGCCUGAUCUCUGGAUCUCAUCUGAGCCGACUCCGGGCCUCCAGAACCUCUGCCCGAGUCCUGCCUUCUCCAGCUCUGUGGAUCUGUGCCUACAGAGAAAAUCAGGAAAUUGUGACCAGAAGGAAUUUUCUGAUUUGUUAGGGGAUUUUUGUGAGUGUGGGAUGAUUGAAAGCUUGCAUGUUAAAGGUGUGAAUGUGUCCUGCGAGGCAGAUAAAUUGUACGCACAGGGGACUGUUCUUGCUAUUUCUGACCAACAGAGGGCGCAAAUCACUAAGACACUGAACAACAACAAGCUCUCAUGUCCAGCUACACUGGAGCGACAGGUUCAUGGAGCGGGGCCGCCGGUCGCGCUGCAGGUUGGGCUUGUGCUCACAGCGCUUCUGCUGUUCGCACUGGGUGCUGCACUGUUUGUCUACUUGUACAAAAAAAGGCGUCCUGCUGACUACCUCUCCAUGCAGAUGAGCGAACAGGCCGAGGCGCCACUCGAACUUUAGUGUGUCUGUGUGAGUGUGAUGAAGUGUUGUUUGCUUGUUGUUGUUUUUUUAUAAAGAUGAAUGUGUUUUUACUAUAGAUGAAUGCAAGUACACAGUUUUAUCAAUCUCACAGGCUUUGAUUCUGCAAUGUUAAUAUUUUCAAGAUUUUAUUAAAGUGUUCAGGAUGUUUAAUUUCUUCAGCGUUUUAUCAAACGUUUCAAAAAACACUCUUUUAUUGAAUUCAGGUGUAUUUUUGAUUGUGUAUCUUUGAUUUUGUAUUGUGACUUUGAAGUUCAUACUCAUCGGUUGAUAGAAAAGGCGGUACCAAACAAAAAUAGUUGCUGCAAACAUGACACAAAUAAGCGUGAUACUAAAAUGUCAUGCAUCAUUAUGUCACUCAAGGUACAACUUUAUGGUGAAGUUUAUUUCACCAUAAAGAUCAUGGCUGCAUCUGAAAUCACAUAAUUCCCUACUGGCGAAAAACAGUAUGUGACAAAAGAAUUAUGUCUGAAAUCACAGUACUCAUAAAAGAGUCGGCAAAAUGUACCCGGAUGACCUACUACUUCUGAAGUGUGCAUACUAUGGACACUUUACUAUCCCAUAAAGCCCAUGCGAGUGUGAUUUCAGAUGAAGCCCAUGUUUGCAUUUGGAUUUAAAAUCUUAGCAUCAGUGUUGUUUGCCAGCAUUUAUGGAAGCUUGUUUCCGCCACUGAAUAAAAAAUCAGAAAAUUCAGAAUUGCAAGAUAUAAAUUCGCAAUUGAGAAAAAGUCAGAAUUGCGAGGGGGAAAAAAGUCUGAAUUGUGAGAUAUAAAUUUGCAACUGUGGAAAAAGUCAGAAUUGUGAGAUAUAAACUCACAAUUGCAAAAAAAGUCAAAAUUGCUAAUUUAUAUCUCGUUAUUCUGCAAUUCUGAGAAAAGAUGUCAGAAUUGCGAGAUAUAAACUCGCAAUUGUGAAGAAAGUCAAUUGUGAGGGGAAAAAAGUGAGAAUUGCAAGGCGAAAAAGUCAGAAUUGCGAGGUAAAAAUGUCAGAAUUGUGAGAAAUAAAUUCACAAUUGUGAGAUAUAAAUUCGCAAUUGCGAAAAAGUCAGAAUUGUGAGGGGAAAAAAGUCUGAAUUGCGAGAUAUAAAUCUGCAACUGUGGAAAAAGUCAGAAUUGCAAGAUAUAAACUCAUAAUUGCGAGGAAAAAAAAAGUCAGAAUUGCGAGGGAAAAGUCAGAAUUGCGAGGGAAAAGUCAGAAUUGCAAGAUAUAAAUUGGCAAUUGCGAAAGAAGUCAGAAUUGCGAGGGGGAAAAAAAGUCAGAAUUUGCAAGGGAAAAAAGUCUGAAUUGCGAGAUAUAAAUCUGCAACUGUGGAAAAAGUCAGAAUUGUGAGAUAAACUCACAAUUGCGAAAAAAGUCAGAAUUACUCAUUUAUAUCUCGUUAUUCUGCAAUUCUGAGAAAUGAUUGUGAAGAAAGUCAGUUGUGAGGGAAAAGUGAGAAUUGUGAGGAAAAAAGUUAGAAUUGCGAGAUAUAAACUCACAAUUGCGGACAAAGUCAGAAUUGCGAGGAAAAAAGUCAGAAUUGCUAAUUUAUAUCUCGUUAUUCUGCAAUUCUGAGAAAAGAUGUCAGAAUUGCAAGAUAUAAACUCGCAAUUGUGAAGAAAGUCAGUUGUGAGGGGAAAAAAGUGAGAAUUGCGAGAUAAAAACUCUCAAUUGUGGAAAAAGUCAGAAUUGCAAGAUAUAAAUUGGCAAUUGCGAAAGAAGUCAGAACUGCGAGGGGGAAAAAAGUGAAUUGCGAGAUAAAAAUUGGCAAUUGUGAAAAAAGUCAGAAUUGCAAGGGGAAAAAGUCAGAAUUGUGAGAAAUAAAUUCACAAUUGUGAGAUAUAAAUUUGCAAUUGUGGAAAAAGUCAGAAUUGUGAGGGGAAAAAAGUCAGAAUUGUGAGAAAUAAAUGCACAAUUGUGAGAUAUAAAUUUGCAAUUGUGGAAAAAGUCAGAAUUGUGAGGGGGAAAAAAGUCAGAAUUGCAAGAUAUAAACUCAGAAUUGCAAAAAGAUUUGCAAGUUUAUAUCUUGCAAUUCUGACUUUAUAACUCGCAAUUGCAACUUUAUAUCACGCAAUUAUGAGGGGAAAAAAAGUUGCAAUUAUCUUUUCCCUUUUUUGUGGCGGAAACAAGCUUCCAUAAGCAUUUGACAUUGUGCCACUGCUAAAGUCCGGCCAUUUGUGACUGCAGGUUUCUGUACAUGCCUAAAGAAUUUUUCCUUCUUUAUGUGUCUGUUUCAUGUGUUUACAUCUUUUCUUUUAUGCAUCUGCAAAGCGUUAUCAGUUGUUCUCAGGGCAUCAGAUCAGUGUUUGUGCACAUUUGACCACAGAAGCAUUUCAAUGUGUCGAACUAAUGUGCCGUUACGGUAAGACGGAGCUAAAACUGUCCAGCUUGUUGCUUACAGUACACACUGUUCCCUCAGUUCAUUUUCAGUCUCAUUAGUUAUAUUGCCUGGUAAUUAGAUAUCAGACUGUUCUGUCGCUUAAAUCUCGUUCUAGGACUGGCAGUGUUUAUGACAUUAAAUUUUAAGGACCUGUCAUCAGUUUUUUGAGGCCUAGACAGAGCAGAAAAUACCCAUGCAGGAAAUAAAAGCUCAAAAUGACGAAGUAUAAUAAUGAUUACUAGUGUAGAAUUGCAGUGCGUUACAUUAUGUUGGUCUUUUUUUGCAUUUUGCAGUGUCUUCUCAAAACUAAAAUACAAUUUGCCAAUUUUACGUUCUCACUGGUUCCUUUUUUUUUGUAAUUGAUUAUUGAUUUAGUCUUUCAUCAUUGAUUUUUGAUGAUCAGUCUUAUGUACAUUUGUCAGAGGAAAUUUUUGUCUGAGGAAACAAUCACAAUAAAUGUUUUUUUGUUAAUAUUG